AUGCAGAAAUCAUCGGUUGAUCCACGACAAAGUUCUUCUAAAUUGCAAGGGCGGAAAGGUACGCCAUCGCGUAGUCCGGCGCUUGACAGUAAAAAUCUAACGGUCGAAAAUGAGAUGUCAGAUGAAAAUAAUGAUGACAUUGAUGAUGAAAAUAACCAGUCAGGACGCUCGGAUAGCGAAUCGAAUAGCGAAUCGAAUAGCGAAGCGGGUGGUGAAGCUGGCGGCGAAGCGGACAGCGUCGGAAAUGGGGACACAGUGCCCGACGGAUUUCCAAACGGACUGGGGCCACAGCGUACUGGACCAAGUAAGGCUCAAUUGACCGCGCGUAAUGGGCUUACCAAAAAGCUUCCUGUUUUCUCAGGAAGACCUGAAGAGUGGCCACUGUUUUUCGGAGCAUAUCAAGCGUCCAACGAAGCGUGCGGAUUCUCCGACGUAGAAAAUCUGGUGAGACUUCAGGAGUGUUUGAAAGGACAAGCUCUGGAGUGUGUUCGUGGUCAGCUUCUUCUUCUUCCAAAAUCGGUUCCCCGAGUGAUUGCAAAACUCCGUCAGCUUUACGGACGUCCUGAACAGUUACUGCAAAGUCAUUUAGAGAAAGUGCGAAAGCUUGAACCGCCAAGAUCUGACGAGUUGGCCAGUUUCAUACCGUUCGGAAAUACAGUCGAGCAACUAUGCGAGCACUUGGAAGCGGCGGAUCUUUCACAACAUAUGGUGAAUCCGAUCCUCAUCCAAGAUCUAGUAAGCAAGCUGCCGGAUGGGGAAAAGCGACAAUGGGUACAGUAUAAAAGGAAGAAGAACACUGUAACGCUUCGAACGUUCACAAAUUUCCUUCCGAGGAUCGUGACAGACGCUUGUGAAGCAAAUGUAAGCUACGAAUACAAACCGGAGAUUCGUUGCAACGUCGGUGACUGUAAAGAACAGCACAAUCCGUUGAUUCAUCCAAGCUCGGGCGCCGUUGGAAUGAGUGCGCACAUUAUAUCGAGCAGUACGGUAAUGUUCCGAAUGGUUCCGGUGCAAGUGCAUUGCGGACGCAAAUCGGUAAUCGUUCUCGCUUUCUUGGAUGAAGGUGCCUCAGUAACUUUGAUCGAAAAGGUUACGCGAGUGGAGAAAGCAUCGAGGCGAAUGAACGUCUGGGCUUCCGCUGUUGGAGCGAGAAAUCAAGGGAAGCUGUUACUGCAAACGGUUCGUACAGUCGAAAGAAUGAUGUUGCCUCAUCAAACGCUAAACGCGAUGCAGUUGGCGUCGAAGUACGAGCACUUACGUGGUUUGCCAAUCGAAUCCUACGAUGGUAGGCCGGAACUUCUGAUCGGUUUAAAUAACAUUCACUGUUUUGCACCGGUAGAGGCGAAAAUCGGUACUACAGUCGAUCCAAUUGCGGUUCGAUGCAAACUUGGGUGGACGAUCUACGAACCGAGACAAGCAGACUCAUCGUUAGGAAAGAAUUAUCUGGGAUUUCAUCAAGAAGUUUCGAAUGAAGUAAUCCAUGAAAUUCUAAAAAGCCACUAUGCAUUAGAAGAAUCGGUGGUAAACGUUCAGCAGGAAUCGGCUGAGGACAAACGAGCUCGCUCGAUAUUAGAACGGACGACAAAGCGCGUAGGUAGUCGAUUUGAAACCGAUCUUCUGUGGAAUUCAGAUGCCGUAUGUUUUCCUGAUAGUUAUCCCAUGGCUCUCAAACGAAUGAAGCUGCUAGAGAAGAAGUUGGGAAAAACACCCGAAUUGUUUCAGAACGUCCGUAACCACAUAACAGAAUAUCGAGACAAGGGUUAUGCUCAUCUAGCCACGGCAGAUGAAUUGAUCGACACUGACGAUAAAAAGGUUUGGUAUCUCCCGCUAAACGUUGUACUGAACCCGAAGAAACCUGGAAAGGUUCGUAUAGUUUGGGAUGCGGCGGCAACUGUGCAAGGAGUUUCAUUGAAUUCCAUGUUGCUGAAAGGACCCGAUCUACUCGGCCCACUUGUGUCGGUGAUAGUUGGAUUCCGUGAACGAAAAAUCGCUUUCGGUGGGGAUAUCAGAGAGAUGUACCAUCAGUUGAAGAUCACUUCGGAAGACAAGCAAGCACAGCGUUUCCUGUUCCGGGAUAGCUGCAAUGAGUCACCUAAAAUCUACGUGAUGGACGUCGCCACAUUUGGGUCGAAGUGUUCCCCGGCAUCGGCGCAAUACGUGAAGAACCGGAAUGCAGAAGAAUAUGCUACUCAAUUCCCGGAGGCAGCGGCAGCGAUCAUCGACCGCCACUAUGUUGAUGAUUACUUUGACAGCGUCGACACAAUUGAUGAAGCAGUAGAGCGAGCAAAGCAGGUGAGUUACAUCCAUAAACAAGCUGGAUUCGAUAUUCGCAAUUGGGUGUCUAACUCGCCAGAGGUGCUUUCGGCUUUGGGAGAAGAGAAAUCGAUGGGGCCCGUUCUGUUUAACCAAGAUAAACAAAUGUAUAGUGAGCGUGUACUAGGAGUGGUUUGGGAUCCUACACAAGACAUGUUUGCGUUUACUGUACAACAUCGUGAUGAAGUUCGAGCCUAUUUGUACGAUGGUAAGCGCCCGACGAAGCGUAUCGUUUUGAGCUGUGUUAUGGGAUUUUUCGAUCCACUGGGUUUGUUAUCUCCUUUUACGAUCCAUGGUAAAAUAAUCGUUCAACAUUUAUGGCGAACCGGAUGUGAAUGGGAUCAACUGAUUGAUGAGAACUGUUGGGCUAAAUGGAAUCAAUGGACAGAAUUACUUCCGGAGGUAGAGUCAUUACGCAUACCACGAUGCUAUCUAGGUGAAGCUGUAUCGUCGUCCAUUGACUCUUUGGAACUGCACAUUUUUACGGAUGCGAGUGAGCAUGCUUACGGUUGUGUCGCAUAUCUUCGUGCGUCGAAGAAUGGAAUCGUACACUGUAGUCUGGUCAUGUCGCGAGCAAAGGUAGCUCCACUCAAAAGACAAUCGAUUCCUCGAUUAGAAUUGAUGGCCGCAGUUCUCGGCGCACGUAUGAGUCAAACAAUUCUGGCUUCACAUACUUUACAAAUCACUAAGACUGUACUGUGGACAGAUUCACGAACGGUUCUCUCGUGGCUGUGUUCGGACAUGUACAGAUAUAAGCAGUUCGUGGCAUUUCGAGUAGGAGAAAUUCUUGAAUUGACGGGGAUGCCGGCUUGGCGCUGGGUCCCAACAAAACAAAACGUUGCGGACGUACUCACAAAGUGGGGACGAGGUCCUCCGUUGCAGAACGAUGCUGAAUGGAGAAAUGGUUCCAGUUUUCUGUACAAAUCACACGACCAAUGGCCAUCAAUGGAAAACACUGUUGAAACGGACGAAGAAUCAAGAGGAGUAAUGCUAUUCCAUGCCGUUGUUAAGGCUGAAGCAUUUUCUCAUUGGACUAAGCUAGUCAGAGUGACGGCAACAGUGGUGCGUUUUAUUGCUAACUGCCGGCGCAAGAUGGCUGGACAGUCAAUUGUUACAUCGAAAGCGACGAAAAAUCAGCUACGUUUCUUUAAAAAGGAAAACAAUAACGUUCAGAGACCCCUCCAGCAGGACGAAAUGUAUAAAGCCGAACCCAUUUUAUGGAAGCAGGCGCAGUUUGACAGUUUUCCUGACGAGAUGAGUACGAUGACGGAAAAUCUACAGCGGAAGCCGGAUCAGCCAAUGAAGAAAAUUGAACGAUCUAGUUGUUUGUACAAAUUGUCACCGGUGAUGGACGUAGAAGGUGUACUGAGAGUGCGAGGCAGGCUAGAGAAGAACGAAACAAUCCCGUUCGACAAAAGAUACCCGAUUAUUCUAUCCCGGAAGCAUGAAAUCACAAGAAAGUUGAUUAUGCAUCUUCAUGAAAAGUAUGGUCAUGCAAACCGCGAAACUGUCUUCAACGAGUUGAGGCAGAAAUUCUGGAUACCAAAUGCUCGCGCUGCUAUUCAGCAAGUUACGAAAGAAUGUGUGUGGUGCAAGGUUAACCGAUGUUUGCCUUCCGUACCAAUGAUGGCUCCGUUACCAGUUCAAAGAAUUACGUCUCAUUUGCGUCCAUUCAGUUCAGUCGGCGUUGAUGACUUGGGUCCGGUCGAGGUCUCGGUAGGACGUAGGAAAGAGAAAAGAUGGAUCGCCGUGUUUACGUGUAUGGCUGUUAGAGCUGUACAUCUCGAGGUUGUACACACUUUAACGACGCAAUCUUGUUUAAUGGCCAUCCGUAGAUUCGCGUGCAAGCGAGGAGCUCCGGAACAAAUAUUUUCGGAUAAUGCAACGUGUUUUCGUGGAGCAGAUGCCGUGAUGGAGAAGACGAAAAAGAAAAUCCACAGUGAAUGCGCAGAAAAAGGCUCGUCAGCGGUGACGGCAUGGCACUUUAAUCCUCCAGGAACGCCGCAUAUGGGCGGCGUAUGGGAACGCAUGGUACGAUCCGUUGAGGAAGCAAUGCGUGCGUUGGACGACGGGCGGAAAUUGACAGACGAAAUCCUCGCCACUACGCUGGCCGAAGCUGAAGAUAUUAUUAAUACGCGGCCACUGACUUAUAUUCCUCAAGAAUCAGCCGAGGAAGAAGCUAUUACUCCAAACCAUUUUCUGCGCGGAACCGUAACCAAUACGGAUAAGAAGAUGGAUGGUUCUGUUGAUUUUGCUGAUGCUCUGCGAGAUGUUUACAAACGAUCGCGGUACUUGGCUGAUAAAAUGUUGGACCGGUGGUCGAAGGAAUACUUGCCGUCACUAACUCAUCGCGCUAAAUGGAUGGAGGAUCAAAAGCCAAUAAAGACUGGAGAUCUAGUGUUCGUGAUAGACGGAAAGAAUAGGAGAAACUGGCAAAUGUAA